CACCCGAGACCUGCACCGCAGGGCGCUAGCUCGGACCCCGCGGCUCCCCGCCCUCCGGGCAUCCCGGCCAGGCGAGAGCCGGAGCCGGAGCGCUCUGGGAAGCAUGAAGCAGGCCCUGGUGGAUGAUACUGAGGAUGUGUCUUUGGACUUCGGUAAUGAAGAGGAGCUGGCCUUUCGGAAAGCCAAGAUCAGGCACCCAUUGGCCACCUUUUUCCACCUAUUUUUCCGAGUAAGUGCCAUUGUCACCUAUGUGUGCUGUGACUGGUUCAGCAGAAGCUUCGUGGGCUGCUUUGUCACCGUGCUCCUCCUCCUGUCCUUUGACUUCUGGUCUGUGAAGAACGUAACUGGGAGACUCAUGGUGGGCCUCCGCUGGUGGAACCAGAUAGACGAAGAUGGGAAAAGCCACUGGAUUUUUGAAGCCAGAAAGGCCUCUCCGAACCAGACCGCCGCCACCGAGGCGGAAGCUCGCAUCUUCUGGCUCGGCCUCAUCAUCUGCCCGCUCAUUUGGAUUGUGUUCUUUUUUAGCACCUUAUUCUCCUUGAAGCUCAAGUGGCUGGCCCUUGUGAUAGCUGGGAUUUCUCUCCAAGCCGCAAACCUGUAUGGCUACAUCCUUUGUAAGAUGGGAGGCGAGAGUGACAUCAGCAAAGUCGCAGCCAGUUUUCUGUCCCAGACGGUGUUCCAGACGGCCAGCCCAGGUGACUUCCAGAAGCCUGGCCUUGAGGGGCUGGAGAUUCACAAGCAUUAGGAGCGGAGAAGAGUAUCAUGGACAAGAAGGUCCAGUUGAACGGAAUAAUCUAUUAUUUUCUUGGCAACGACAGUAAAGCCUGUUGCAGACCUGACUGCGUUUAUUUACUGCUGGAUUCACUCCAGAGGACACCCCUGCGCUCUCCUCAGUCUGGGUGCAGCAUGGCCUCCAGGUGACUGGGGUGGGCACUGCUGGAGAAGGGGCCAGGACCACGGCGGCUUCUCCAGAAAUCGGGUCUAUACCCCAGGCCGGCUCUAUGGGAAGCCGGGCAAGGCUCACGGAAGCAGCACGCAGGCUGCGGGGACUGCUGUGUGAAGCACAGUAAGGGUGACAUGACCUCGAGGGACAAGCUGGAUUCUAACGGCACCAGGGGUCUUGCCGGCUUUCGGAGGGAAAUGGGAAAGGCCACUGUGAGCCAAUGCGGCUUUUACCUGGGGACAGAAAAAACUGUGGAAUGCUUAUUUGUGAAUAGCAAAUGCCUGGGCCCCAGGUACAGCUUCUAACCCAGUUUCUGGAGGUCCACACUGAGGGCUGCUGGAGCGCCACGUACUGGGGAGCUGCUCUGGGAAACGGGUCCGGAGGCUGUGCCAGAGACAAACCUCCGACACGGCCGAGUCCGGUGCCAGCAGCCCCCAGGC